ACGUAGCGCGUAGCCAUGCGUAAAUGACGUCAUCGCCACUGCAGUCUCUCAGGCGGACGCUGUAACAGAAGCUAAAGCCGCACGUCAGGUGUAAAGGACCACUUUACUUGAUAGCUGAUAGCAUCUAAGACACAAACCAGAAUGGCAACUGCAUCUUACCCACUUGAUCCAGAUCUAAUGAGGGAGGUCCUUGAAUGUCCCAUCUGCUUGGAGACCUUCAACGAGGACCAAAUUAGGCCUAAACUCCUUCAGUGUGGACACACUGUGUGCCGCCAUUGCCUUGAGAGACUGUUGGCCAACACCAUCAACGGUGUGCGUUGCCCCUUUUGCAGCAAGGUCUCGCGCAUGAGCAGUAUCACGCAGCUGGCCGACAAUCUCACGGUGCUCAAGAUACUCGACUGCGCUACGACCUGCGGUGCGACCGCUGCUCUCAUGUGCGCGUCCUGCGGCAGCCGCCUGCCCCGACAAUAUUGCCACGACUGCUCCACCGUCCUUUGCGAGUUCUGUAAAGGCGAAGGCCAUUUACAACGCGGUCACAACGUCCAGCCAGUUCGUACGGCUGCCGAGCAACGUCGGAAAGAACUGGGCGGCAAACUGUCCGCUCUGCGUGAUAUCAUGAGCGAAAUCCAGAAGAAAAAGACGGCUAUUGAAAACAUUACCCGAUCGUUAAAAGCAAAGUACCGAGCGGUGCAGCGGGAUUACACAACGGCCGAGCUGCAGCUUCAAGAGGACCUCAGUCGCUCUAGGAGGACUUUCUCCAUGUCAAUGGCGGAGAUAGAGAAGCUUAACGGACAGGUCCUGGAGGAACAAACGUAUCUCCUGAAUAUUGCAGAGGUGAAGGUUAUCUCGUGCUGUGAUUAUCUGACCAUGCGAGUGAGGCAGAGCGACCUCAGCCUGCUCAAGGAUGAUAGUGGCGGGUGUGAUGACGAGGAGCUCAACCUGAGGAGCACCUUACCCACCGUGUUUCAGCUGCAUGAACCGGAAUUGAUCCGGACUGAACACUCGAAACCAGCAGACGUAGGACAUUUGGUCACGAGCAGGUACACAGUGGACACGGACAGUUCGGAAUGUGCUUUGGAGGUUGCAAUAGAAGGCAAUGUUGAGGGCCUAAAUGAGGCCGUAGGUGGUGCAACGGGACCUCCGUUGGAUCUUUACCGCGAUGUCGACAUGGUCGCGGCGGUAGAUGACUCAUCGAGUAGCUCACCUGGCACCUUUAAGUCCAAGUCCAUGGACGCAGGGGGAGAAUCGCAGGGAGGGGCAUGUGCAGGUACGGGUACUCCAACAUGCCAGUUUGUGAAGAAGAUGGGCUGCAAGGGCGCUCUCCCUGGUUCUUUCAAUUUACCGGUUAGCAUCUGCGUAUCCCAGCAAGGCGAGGUACUCAUAGCCGACCGAGGCAACUACCGCAUUCAAAUCUUCAACCGCAAAGGCUUCCAACGUGAAAUCCGCCGAAACGCCAGCGGCAUCGACAGCUUUGUCAUGAGCUUCCUUGGCGCUGAUCUGCCUAACCUCAUGCCCUUGUCCAUCGCCGUCACACCUCAGAGCCUGAUCGGGAUCACCGACAACUAUGACAACUCGGUCAAAGUGUACACCAUGGAUGGGCAGUGUGUGGCCUGCCACAAAAAUCAACUUAUAAAGCCCUGGGGCAUCACCGCGACGCCGUCGGGACAGUUUGUGGUGUCGGACGUGGAAGGCGGAAAGCUGUGGUGCCUGACGGUUGAUCGCAACGUUGGAGUGGUGAGCUACAGCAGGCUAUGCUCGGCGGUGCGGCCCAAGUUCGUGACGUGCGACGCCGCCGGGACUGUGUACUUCACCCAAGGCUUGGCGCUCAACUUCGAGAAACGCCACAACGAGCCCCACCUUGAGGGGGGCUUCUCUAUUGGCUCGGUAGGUACCGAUGGCCAGCUGGGCAAGCAAUUUAGCCAUUUUUUCUCAGAAGCUGAGGACUUCUGCUGCAUCACUGGCAUGUGCGUAGAUACCAACGGUGAUCUGCUGGUGACGGACAGCGGUAGGAAGGAAAUCCUGCAGUUUCCUAAAGAGGGGGGGUUCAAAAUUCUCAUACAGGAAGGACUGAACUGUCCUGUGGGGGUCGCCACCACGCCUAAAGGGCAGCUUUUGGUGCUGGACUGCUGGGACCACUGUGUCAAAGUCUACACGUAUAUUCAAAGAAGGCACUCAUCCACCUCCUAAGCUAACAAGAAUUUAUAUUGGUCAAUAAAAUAAAAUUGUUUACCUCAAAAAAGCUCUACAAAAAAAAACAUCCAAUGUUAUUUAACCCUUUAUAGGGCGCUAGUUGGCUGCCAUUGAUGGCGCUACAUGUCCAGUCCAUUUUUGACCAGGAGGGGUGAUUGGGCGUUUAUCAUUGUCAAUGGCAGGUAAUAGUAAACAGUCUCUUAUUACUUUUAAACGUAGUUAUUUUUUCAUUUAAAUUUAAUUUAAGGAAAAACAUAACACAUUUUCUUAUAAACUAUUUUUAUUUAAAAUAUUUAUUCUUUUGCUCAUUUGUUCGAUUAAAAACAGAAUUGUUUAAUGUUCUUAAUGCUAUUGAAUUUACUAUUCAUCAACAUGUCAUUGGGGCCAUAACUAAAGUGUAUUUCUGUUUUCAUUAACAUUUAAUUAAUUGAUAAAAGCAUUAAGUAUUAUGUUCAUGUAUGUCAAUGUCAGGUCAUUAUGAUGCAUUUUUUUAACUAUCCCAAAAUAGUCAAAUGCCCUAUAAAGGGUUAAUGAGCAUGCAAUCAACUUUAUAUUUAAGAAUACAGGCACAGGGUGUCUUAUCAAAAGUGUUUCUCCAUAAUUGGUUUGAAUUUGCAACACAUGAACAGCUACAACUGCAUUCACAUGAGAAUUAAGCCCCUUUCAGACACAUGCUGAACUCCGGUUAAAUACCGGAAUUAAACGCACAGCCGUUAUGUCUGAUAGCAAUUUCCCGGAUCGACUGACACAGAGAUGACAGGUACAUUAACCAGGUCGUGUCUUAGUAGAAUGUCCGGGAUUUAACCAGGGACGUAAAUAUGCCGGGCCAAUCGCCAUUUCCUUUUUCUUGUCAGUGAGACGAAAAUCGGUAAACAAUCGCAAUUAUCAACAUGGCAAAAUGGAUACAUAGCAAAAUUAAGCUGGUAACAACAAAAUUAAAUUGUGACUAAAUCUUAAAGCCGAGGACAGUCCAUCAUCCAUCUUUGGAAAUGUUUGGUUUAUGUUGUUGCUGACCAAAAAUGAUGUAAUGUCCGGGUUAUAAAAUCCCGCCCUCCCUCCACACAGAGAGCGCCAAGUCACCAACACGGGACAAAUCUGAUAGUCUCCAACCCGAGUAAUUCCCGGCACACCUCCCCACGUCUGAAAGCCGUGACACGGGUAAAUCCCACGUCAUCUUACAUGGGAAUUUAACGGGAUAUUAGUCUGAAAAAGGCUUCAGACAUACGCUGAAGUCCAGUUAAGUCCCGGGAUUUAAAUGGGUAGCCCUUAUGUCUGAAAGGAAUUUCCCGGGUUGACUGACGCGUACAUUAACCGGGUUGCUUCCCAGUAGAAUGUCCAGGAUUUAACCGGGACGCGGCAUGAAUGAAAGCAGCCCAAUACCGGGUCACAGCGUGAAGGCUGAUGACACAAAUAUCAUGCCGGGCCGAUCGUCAGUUCCUCUUUCAUCACAGUAAGAUUAAAAUCGGCAAAGAAAAAUCGCAAUCAUCAAAAUUGCAAACUGGGGAUAUACCGGAAUUAAAUUGCUACUGGAUGUUACAGCCGAGGAAGAGACAUCUGGAAAUGUGUGGUUUAUUUUGUAGCCGAUGCCGACCAAAAAUAACGCAAUGUCUGGGUUCUAAAAUCCCGUCCCCAGCACUCCCUGCACAGAGAGCGCCGAGUCGCCAACAUGGGACAAGUCUGAAAAUGUCCAACCCAAGUAAUUCCCUCUACACCUUCCCAUGUCUGAAAGCCAUGACACGGGCAAAUCCCGGGUCACAUUAAAUGGUAAUUUAGUGGUCUGAAAGCGGCUAUAUCUGGGCUUCUAGCCUAUGAAGCACUUUAUUCUGGACACCAACUUGUAUUAAUAGCACCUUGAUAGCUUUAAAGUUUUACUGUGCAGUUUGACUUUGUUAUGCUGUAUUCGGUAACAUUCAGGGAGCGUGCAUGUAGUAUUCUGUCUUACGCUCGCUAAGUGGCUCGUUUGCUGUGAACAUAAGCUGUGGAAUAUUACAUUAGUCAUGUGGUUUUGGUUGGUUUUCUUUCAUACUUGCAGUGUAAAGUAUAAAGCCAAUGUAAAUUAUUAAUUCACUGUUGUUAAACGUGGUUCUUGUGUGUAGAUUUUAUCCAAUCUAAUGGAGAGGGUUCAAAAUUUUGUUGUACAAUGUCAAAAUAAGAUGAAGCACAGUGAUUGGCAUAGUAUGAGCACUAAAACAGGAGAUGAGAACAUUCAGUGGGAAAUGAUCAUUAUUUUAAAGUAAUAGUUUUACUUCCCUUAAACCAGUUAAGGGAAAUAAAGCCACAUUUUUUAUUAUAUCUGCAGGCACAACAUCACAAGUGUCAUUAACUGAAUUUGAUUUCUGCAGACUUUUGGAUGAUAAAAAAAGGGGACGAUUAAAUUGAUGCAUAUAUCUUUUGAUUUUGUAACUCUUCUAACAUCUGUACUGGAUUUUAUUCUAUUUAUCAGCUAAAACCGCAUUUAGGAAUGACUUUGGAUACCAAAUAUUAUAUUUCAUGAUAAACAGGCCUUAUGAAUGAUGCUAAUAUACUGAUUGGCGUCAGUGUUUGCUUGUCAUUUACUAACUAUUCACAUGGCAACCAUGGUCCGUCAUAGACUCAAGAUUUCAUUUGUCUAGCAUAUUCAUGACACACAUUUCUGCUACGCUUCGAAAGAUUCGAUUUUACGAAUUAAUUCAGUGUUUUUUUUUUGUUGGUGUUGCAGAUGUUGAAAAACAUAUAUAAUAAUUUAAAAUUGUUUUGCCAAAAAGAAAAUUGAGCAACUAGUUAUUCAAUAGACUUAAUAGGCUAAAAACACAAAUGGGGGGAGGGA